AUGAAUAGUGAGAAUACAGUUGUUUAUGUGAAGGUUAAAGGGAAGAGACCAGAAGGAUUUGUAGAUCCUCCAAAAUUUGAGUGGAAUGGUGCAAAGGAGCGCCAACUUUGGGCAAUGGUAUCAAAUUUGAAUUAUUCCCAAGAUCAAGUAGAUUGGCAAAAUCUAUCCGAAAUCCUUGAAACGCCAGAGUUUUUUUUAAAAAAGAGAACAUACAAACUAUUUGCCAACCAUCUAGAGCUCCUACAAUUACAAUUAGAGAAAAAAAGAGAUCUUGAGAAGUUGUCAAAUGUGCGAGUAAAUGAAGGGAUGUUUGGUAUGCUACAUAAAUACAUCCCUAACCUACAGAAUGAUAAUAUAUUGGCAGAACCUGAAAGCCUGUUAGCAACGGACAGGGGGAAUUCCGAAGAAGUUGAAGUAGAAGUCACAAAUGAAGCGUUACAGCAUUUACAAACUUCUAAAGUUUUGAAUAUUCACAAGACAAAAGUAAAUAAUGGCAAUAAAGUAGAUAUGAACUUGACAGAUAAUGGUGUUGACGAAGAACCUGAAUAUAAUAGUUCAGAUGACGACUUAUCAUCGAGUUUAAGCGUCAGUAAAUCUGCGUUAGAAGAAGCACUAAUGGAUAGGCUACAAUUCUGA